AAAAUAAAUGUAGCCAAAGCCACUCCCAUGCAGAGUGAAGAUCUGUUCCCAGAGGUAGCAGCUACAGCUUCAGCUGAGCCUGAAAAAUCGGUCAAUGGCCCCGAAACCCAACUUACCCCACCGGAUAUGCCAAUGGAACCGAUACCCUCCACUCAAUUCCUACCCGGAAGCAGUGUGGAGGCAACUCCAGCUUCGGAGACCUCACCAAGGAAAUCCAGCGCACGCUUGUGCAAUUUGAAUUCUCCACCGGAUCGCAAACAGACCAAUAACUCCACGAGCCCCACAUUAAGGCCGAAGCCAACUGGGCAUUUGACAGGGCGCGGGGCUCAGCUGAUCAACAUGAUUCGCAACAAGAAACUGGACGGCGGGUGCGGCUCUAUAUCCUCCUAUGCCCCCCUGUCGUCCCGUGUUCAGGUUACUCCGGCACGUGUACUUGACCGAGCGGAACAGUUGUCCACGCCCACCAGUGAGCUAAACGAGCUGACGGGAACGGAGCAUACCUCAAACCCCAUACAGGCCAAGGAUCUGCUGGUGUUUUCGAAGCGCCUGCCCUCGCCUUCGGCCAGUCCGUCGGUGAGCAUCCUGAAGCGGAAACUGCGCUGUGAGAGCAUCUAUGACUGCCCUGCCCUGAAGCGCAAGCGGGUCAGCUUCCACGAUCCGCCUGUGUCCGUUACCAAGGAAUAUCUGCGGGACGCGGAUGAGAGUCGCAGCAGCAAGCCCAAGCGUUGUCUGCUGAUGGACAAGAUCGCCCAGACAUCCGCGCUGAAGCGCCGUGGUCGUCUGGACAGCAUCACUGAGAUUGAGAAGUUUGCCCACGAACAAACGGCCAGGUCACCCACAGCGGACAAAACGCUGGACAAAUCCUCAGAUGUCGUGGAGGAGGAUGCUUUCACCACCCUCAAGUGGAACGAUUCAACGACGACGGCGCACAACUGUACUCCCAGUUUCCAUUCCGGUGCAGCCAGCACUGGAGAGAGCUUCAAGGAGGGGAGAGAGGCAACCGUCUGCCAGGAUGUCGCUAUUUUGGACACAGACAAGGCGCUGGAUCUGCUGGUGAGCCGGUGCUCCCUGGAGACCGUCUUGCAGCGCUACUUUGACGAGGACACUGGCUCCACUCUGAAGAGUGCCGGCAUAGUGGCCAAAUUCCUGUCCAGCCAGAUGAGCAGCAACGAUAAACUCAAGACGAAUGUGCUGGAGACGCUGUACGAGAAUUACUCCAAGGACUUUUUGGACCACGCUGUGCGCGAGAAUCUCUCGUCGGUGGUUUGCGAUCGGCUCAAUCUGCAAUCGGUGCUCGACUACAUAUGCGCCAAGUCAAAGAGCAACAACAACUGCCGCAAUAGCCUGUUGGCCCAGGUUUCGGACAUCCUCAAGAGCGACACAGAGCGUCUCGCCUUAGUCCAGCAGCUGUUGCUGCAGUGGACCCCUAGCGAUGACCAACUGUUUGAUCUCAUCAACCACCUGAUACGUUCUCGCAGCGAUCGAAACACAAACAGCCACAGCAGCUGCAGCGUCGCCGUCGGCAGCUCUGACAAUGUGGCCGAAACAGCAGCGGACUCCUCCUCCAACUUAUAAGCAGAUCCAGACAACGGGAGCCCUCCCGUUGAAUCCAUUGAAACCACAGCUUUUCAGCAAACAUAAAUAAUUGUAUUUAUAACAUGCUGCUAUUGCACACCCAUGGAUACACACCACUUGGAUCUUAGUUAAGCUUUAGUUGAUCCUUAAGUUAAUUAUUUUAUAGUCAUAUAUUGAGAGUUUUGCAUUAAUUGUAAAACUUUUUGAAUACAUGUCUUAAUUCAUUUGUACACUAAAAAAAAUUAAGUAACAGUUGUGGCA